AUGACCACCUACCCAAGAGUUCCCCCUUUGUCCGCUCAGCUCAAUGCUAACCCGGGUUUCUCUGACAAGCUCCUCUUUUCAAGCACUUCUUCGGGGCCUUACGUGCGGCUUCGCUCGGCCUACCCGUCUCUCGCACGGUACUCACGAAGGUCGGGUUCGUUGCGGUACUUGUCGAGCGGCCCAAACUUUCAAGAUGCUGGCCUGAAACUCCCCAAAAAUCGACCCAUAUCCCACAUUGACCCCAGCGCGCAUUACCCUUAUACGGACACUGGUUUAUUGUCAUCAUCGUCAGCUUCAUUUUCCACUUCCUCCAAGGGAUCAGAUCAUGGAGACUGGGACGCAAAUGCAGAUCUGUCGUCGAUAUCGGCGUUCUCGGAGCUUCCUUCGAAAGACUUCGGUAUCAAUCAGCACAUGAUUAUCAACCAGGAGUUCAAGGAGGCUUUGCGCCAAAUUCUUUGGCAGUUCCGAGCCCCGAUUAGGUACGCUUUCGCAUACGGUUCCGGUGUUUUCCCGCAGAAUGGCAGCGCACCGGGCUCCGAUCAAUGUCAUCCGUCAGCCCCGGCGGCAAUCCAGAACAUGCAACAAGGCAAAGGGAAGAUGAUUGACUUCAUCUUUGGUGUUUCUUACUCACAACACUGGCAUGACUUAAAUCUUGCACAGCACCGAGAUCAUUACUCGGGCCUAGGCUCUCUCGGCUCAUACACUGUCUCCCAGGUGCAGGACAGAUUCGGGGCAGGUGUCUAUUUCAACCCAUAUAUAACCGUCAAUGGCACAUUGAUCAAGUAUGGCGUUGUUAAUAUCGACACGUUAUGUAAUGAUCUCAGUCGGUGGGACACUUUAUAUCUUGCGGGUCGAUUGCAAAAGCCUGUUAAAAUCUUACGGGACCAUCCAAAGGUACGGCUUGCGAACCAGAUGAAUCUGCUGUCUGCAGUCAGGGUGGCUUUGCUACUGCUUCCGGAAGAAUUUACAGAGUUCCAACUAUACAACACCAUAGCUUCAAUGAGUUACAUGGGCGACCUCCGCAUGGCUUUGCCUGUCGAGGACCCGCGGAAAGUCAACAAUAUCGUUUCUUCGCAGAUGGCUAACUUCCGACGGCUGUAUGCACCGCUCAUCGAGAACCUACCCAACGUUGUCUUCAACGACAAGCGUUGCUCCGAUCUCGACUGGAUAGAUGAUCCUGAGGCCAAUGUGCGGCUCUCACAAGAUAUGGAUCCCGUAAAGCGCGGAAAUAUGGUCCGCCGCCUACCGGAGUCCUUCCGAGAGAGGCUAUACUUCCAGUACCAGGCGCGCUUCGGCAUUCCUCGUGGUGAAUUCAACAAGAUGAUGAAGGAAAGUAAUGACAAUGAUCCAGAGAUUGUCCGCCGCAGGCAAGGUGGACAGUUUGAACAGCGCAUUGCUAGCGAUGAAGGUCUCACCAAAGAAAUCCAGGCUGCAAUUACAAAGACAAUCCGAUGGCCAAGCUCUGUGGAGACGGUAAAAGGCUUGUUCACCGCGGGGAUAUCCCGAACCUGGCGUUAUAUCAGAGCAAAGCAGGACAAGUGGAAGAACUCUGGCAAGAAAGCCCAGGAACCAAGCAAAGAGCCUACAAAGUUCUCUAAGCAAGAAUAA